AUGAAUGCGACUUUAGACGAUGAUAAAGAAAAAUUGGAAAACAUUCGCAAUUCAGCGAAAAAGUUUUUCCUUCGUUAUAUUCUGCUUAUGAUUUUCAUAAUUGGGAUUCUUCUUGUUCUGUCGUUCUCAUAUUACGCGUAUAUAUCGUAUAAUGACGAAAAUGAAAAGUUUUAUUACCUGAAAAAAAUCAUUGGGAAGGGAUUAUACUUAUCUAACGCUACAGUGUUAUUCAUAAAUUUCCUCAUCAUUGCCAUUAUAUUUCCGGUGUGCAGAACAUUCAACACAUUCAUUCACAAGACAUUCAAUAGAAUUUUCCCCUAUUUCUCUGCUAUAUAUAUGGAGAAACUAAAGGUUGUACAUCAGGUCUUCGCUCUUUCAUUAAUAUACAUAUCCUUCAUUCACAUAGCAUUACACUUUACGAAUGCCAUCAAUUUUAUAAAGAAUUACGAUGCACAUCACAGAGAUAUAAAUUGGAGUCGUGGACAUGACGAUAAUGUUUUUCGACUAAUGUUUCUAACACCAGUCGGAUUUUCUGGAUGGACGAUGGUCGCAUGCCUUAUUAUUAUGUGGAUUUUUUCAUCACGACAAAUGCGCAACUAUUUCUACAACAGCUUCAUGGGUAUUCACUAUAUAUUCUUUCUUUUCUUCAUCAUGCUGUAUUAUCAUCCUUUAAGUGACGUUAUAAAGUAUCAAGAUAAUGUUAAAGAUUCACCACCCAUAUGUGAUAUUUACAAAAGCAGAGAUAAUGAAACUCAUGCAAAAGAAUAUGUGGAAAAGUAUUGCAGGAGCGAGCCAAAGUUCACUGCAGGAAGGAAAAAUUUUUGGAUUUGGCCAACAAUUUCGCUCGUCGUCUUCUUCUUGGAUCAUUUAAUUCGGUAUUUUAAGAGGUUCUUUUCUCCCAUGAAACUUGUCGAGGUGACUUUACCCACGAGAAAUUCAAUUUUCCUUACAUUUAAAAUCAAUGACAACAUAGCUCUUCGACCCGGACAAUAUAUAUUACUACAGUGUGAAAACAUAUCAACAAUUGAAUGGCAUCCAUUUUUUAUAACAGACUUUGUAAUCGAGCCGAGAAAAACUAUAUUUACAAUAGCUAUAACUGUACGUGGUGAUUGGACAGCAGAGCUAUAUGAGAAACUUUUCGAAUUAAAAAUGUAUUCGGAAAAGUCACACAAGAGAAAGUCAAACAGAAGCCGUCGUAAAUAUCGAGCGACAGCCAGGAAGUUAAAUUUUAUUUUUGACGGUCCAUACUCGAAUCAUAUGGAAUCGAUACUAUCCAGGGAGCGUGUUGUAUUAAUUGGACAAGGAAUUGGGAUUACACCGUUCAUUUCAAUAUUCAACUAUGUAAUGAAAUCAACGCAGCCAACGAUAGCCCUGAAGCGAAUUCAUUUAGUUUGGAUAGCUCGCGACAUUAAGCAAUUCACUUUAUUCUUGAGCACUUUAUGCGAGUUAACUCAAAUGUUUUGGGAUGAAAAUAAACCUGACAAAUUCGAAGUGAGAUUCUAUCUAAUAAGCUCCAAGAGACAAAGUAUGUUUAUGGAUAACUAUUUCUGUGAUGACGAUGGAAACUAUUGUUCGCCGGAAGAGCUUUUUGGAAAUGAUGUUGAAUUUAUUAUGUCACGAAUUUAUGUUGACUCGCCGAAUUGGAAUUUUUUGUUCAACUACUAUACCUCACUUUAUGGCAAUAAACCGAUUAACGUUUAUUCAUGUGGUUCGAAAUCAUUAAACAAGGAUGUUCGCAGAGCUUGCUGCAAAUACAAUAAGCAUCGAUUCAACUUCCGCUUUAUCCAUGAAGCAUUUAGUUGA